AUGUUUGUCUACCUCUGUCCUCAGUUGCACCUCAUGUCCAGGAGGACCCUCGGGAGGCAACGAGGUGAGCUGAUGAAACAGGCCAAGCUGCAACUCGACAUCCUGCUGCAGAAGCAGGCGUGGGUGGGAACCACUGCUGACAGCUGCCAGGCAAAAAAGCCCCUGGGAGAAGUCAUCCACGCUAUCCACCAGGAGUUUGGCAUUGCCAGUAAAGUGGUCGCUACCACCACAGACAAUGGCGCAAACCAUGUCGCGGCUUUCGAUGCAUUCGGCAAGCAGGAGGGGGUGGUGGCUCAGGAGCUUUGCGAUGUCCAAGGGCAGCUUGCCGCCGAGGACAUUGACACCAAUCUCCGUAUCACUCUGCCACCUUGCCGCCGCUGCUGCGUGCAUUCCAUGAAUCUCAUGGCGACGGCUGACCUCAGCGAAGUCAUGGGCUGCAGCCGCGGGAACACUCCCUGGCGCAAGGCAUUCGCCAAUGCCCAGUACCUCUGGAACCUCCAGAACCGGAGCCCUAUUGCUGCCAAUCAGAUCAAGGCGGCCAUCAAGCGGAAGCUGCUGACUCCUGCUGUCGUUAGUUCAGUUCGAGCUCCUACUUCAACAGUGUGAAUGCGCUGCUGGAGGUGAUGUCUGUGCCUGAGCACAUGGGGGCAAUCAACAACAUCAUUAUUCACCAGCCCAUGGGCGAGGUAGGAGCGGCGUUUGUGAAUCAACGCAUCACGUUAUGAAAAAAAAAAAAAUCGUAUUGAUUGAAUUCAUGGACGAUGGGCAAAGGUCACAAAGCGAACAAGUUCCCGUCAAAACAGUCAAUUUUGGCCGCUGUGAGGAUUAGUCGCUCGUGCGUCGAGUUUGCUUUUGAAAUUCGCAGGUCCUGACAGAGUACAGGGUUGUCACGAAUCCUGUGGCGGACACCCUGAACAGCCUACGGUGGGAGGACAACGCCUACAUGGGCAUCCUCCUCCCAAAGCUCCUGGUCUUGAAGAGGUCGCUGCUGCUCCUGCAGCAGAUGGGUGAGUUGCAGUAUGCAGAGCC